AUGGCACUUUAUAACCUUGCUCAAAACGAUUUCAACGCCCAGAACCUCAAGAACAUUGAAAAUGCCUUCAACAGGUUCGAAUCAGCCAUUUAUCCCGUGGAUGCCAAGUUGUUCCGCAGCCUUUCACUUGACGAUGUAUGGAACGCGGCCAAGGUAGUCGAGCAGCUUUACGUAACAGCCGCCGGAUAG